GCUGACCAGAAUUGCAGUGCGGCUGCCAACUUGCACGCAGCUCAAGGAUGGAACGUGAACUAAGGUCCUCUGGGACAUCGCCAAUGACGCGGUCAUCACCCGGGACGUCUGAGUCCAAGACGUCCCCGCGAUCAGCCCCCAGUGGCUCCCCAGGCGACUUGGAUCCCCUUCAAGCUUCAGUGACGGCAGCCUUCUUCGCUUUCGUCGGCAACUCGCCUUCCCCUAUUACGGACAUAUUUUCGAGAUCAUUUAUGCAAACCUAUCUCAAGACCUCAAUACCGGUUCGAGCCGUCGUCACAACAAUUGGAAACAUUUGCUUGGAGGUUCAGAGACACCCCGACUUGAGGAGCAGAAUGUCCGCCGCAGCUGCUGUGAUGGAAAAGGACCGUAACAUGUUGAACCGGUUUCUAGAACACCUGGUUGCCCCGGACAGCCACGAUCAACAUAUUAUGCUACUGUAUGGUAUCUUGAAAAUUUAUGCCGAGCUAAUGAGCAGUGAGACUUGGGUUUGUUCCCGGGCCACGUUUGUGAGAUUGGCGGCAAAGGUUAGGAAACAACUCGAGCAAAGACGACGAAGGCCACUUCUCUACUUUGACAAGGGGUUGCUCAUGCACUUUAGCCUGCUUGGUGCGAUUUACUCUCUUUUAUCAUUCGGAGAUAGUUUCCUGGUCAACUUCGAGUUCUACGAUCCUUCACCGUUCGAAAACGUCAAAUCGCUCACCGGGCAUAUCCGCAUCAACUCUGCAAUCUUUCAUCACUUCACCCAGUUCUUGACGCACUUUGCACGCUUGCAUCAUAGAGCAUUUAAUUGGGUGCAUGAGGCUCGCAGCGCCCUGAACGACAAACACUUGACAGGUGAAGUGUCCGAAGCGGAAUCGAGAGAGAUACUCAUCGCAGCUGGCCUAAUGCAAAAAGGGACGGAAAUAAUCAGUAGCUCAGCCUCGGCCAUGAACUCUGUGGAACGUCUUCGCGGUGUAGGAUAUAACGACAACGACGAUGAUGGGGAAAGUAAAAGUACCGACUUUUGCACCUUGAGAGAAGCUUAUUAUCACUACGCCCUUAUGGCCCUUACCCGGGCUUUUUGUGACCCGGUAUGGAAUCUCGUCGCUGAAGACUUGCCGCGCUUCAUAUGCAUGCCCGAGCUCGAGGCUUACGGCGAGCUAGUUCGCGAGCGAAUCGCACAGAGGAUGUCAGGCGUGGGGAUGGAGGCGUGGAGCUACCUGUUUAUUCUCAUCGGCGUCGGUAUGGCGUCUAGAACGCCCAGAAAUAGGAGGGUAUUAAGGGAACUUUUCUAUAGUGGGUUCGCGAGUGUAGAGGCGUUCUUGGCUGACUUGAGGUUGAUAUGGGGAGAAGAAUAUAACGGCGCACACUAUGCCUGACCAGGUAUCGUGAGGGAGGAUGAACGUUGCGAGGGUAUACUACAUUGACUUAUUCUUUGUAUGUGGUAUCUGUAUGUUUGUCAUAGAUCUCAUUCAUGGGUACGGGAAUUUACAAACCGGUCAGGGUGUAAUCCAGAGUAGACGAACAUCUAAACUCUUUUGCGUAAUAGUUACAUUAUCUUGGAACGGCAGUGAGGCGUGGCAUUCCUCAUCAUUGACAGGAGACUCUUCUUGCUCAAAUGACUGCGCUUCGAAAAAUCGAUGGCGAAAAGCAGCCACCACCACACAUUCAAUUGUUUCGAAUUACG